AUGCUUACCUCUUACUCAAUUGAAUGUUUGCAAGGAUAACAUUUACAAGGACAAAUGGGCAAUACUAUUUGUCAACUCUCAAUUGCACAGGGUUUAUUGGCUGUAAGUUAUGAGGAUUUCAUCUAAAUUUGGAAUUUGGAAUAUUAUUGUGUGUCAAUCCAAAUAUAAUUAGAAGACAAUGCUAUAGUUACCUCAAUGAUAUUUUGUGAUUCUCUGCCUCUCUUAAUCAUAGGCACUAAUUAAGCAGAUAUCUUUAUAUUUUAAUUGGUUUAGAAGAAUGAUAAAUUGUAAUGCACUUUAGAAGGACAUUUCAAUAUUGUGAAGGCUGUUUUGAUUUAAAAACUAAAGAGUGUAUACCCAGAUCGUAUAAGUAUCAUGAGCAAUUUGUUUUCGAAAACAUCAUUGGAGUUAAUCGAAUUAUAUGAUGAAGGGGAUGAACAAAUAGAAGUUAAGCACCUUUUCAAUAACAAAUAUAAGUUAAUGACUCAUGGAUCUUUUGCCUCUCGCUUAUUAGUCCAAUUUCAUUAAGAAGAACUUAAAUUAUACAUUGCAACAAACAGAGGAUCAGCCUUAGUGUUUAAUCUUACAUAAUUACUUGAAAAGAAAAAUGUAGCCAAGAAACUUGAUCAGAUUAAUCAAAGGCCUAAUUAUAAUCCCUAUAGAGUGGUCUACAAUAAAUUGCAAGGAAACUUUAUCGAUAAUUAUCAAAUAGUCCAGAAUCGUUUGAUUAAAGAUCAAUUCAAAAAGAGAGAAUCUAAAUUUGAGUAGAGCAGUAAAAUCAAACAAAAGUUCAGGAAUUCCUUAAUCAGAUUCAGUAUUCUAAAGGGAUUGAAAGACAAUCCGGAAUUAGACAUCACUCAUACCUUUAAGGAUUCUAUAUUUUCAUUUGAUGAGUAACUUGAAACUGCAGAUUAAAUCCACAAUGACAUGAUUAUUUAAUUAAACUUCCUUUACAUAGAUCCAUAUGAAAUACUGUUUCGUAAAAAGACUUAACUCUUAAUUACUGGAUGCGUCGAUGAUACUGUAAAAGUAUUUACAACGGAAUUUAUUCAAAUUUGCGAAUUUUCAAUUCAUAAUCCCCUGCCGUUUUAAUGGUAGUCCUUAUUAAACGAGAAAAACAAAGUAAAAGCCACCAUUUUGUUUUCUUUGGAAUUGCUUUAAUAGAUUUUACCUUAAUUAAGUUAAGAAAAGAGAAAGGCAUAUGAAAUUGAGAACAUGUUAAAAUAGAAUUCAAUUAAACAUAUUAACAAGAACUAUAAAUUAUCUAAUAUUUUAUUAAAAAAAGAGCCAAUUGGGAAUUAAUAGAAAUUGAAGGAUUCUUUCCUAAAUAAACGGAAAAUAAGUUUAUGCAACAAUAUGAAAAUGCCUUAAAUAUCUCCUAAAUUACCGCCGUCAUUGCGUUAUUAUGAUGAGAAAAUCAAAUAGAGUAAGUAUCAACAAGAAAUUCAUGAACAAGAUUUGGCGAAUCAACAAAAUCAAUAAAAAAGAUAAUAAGGAAUUUAAGUUGAAUUGUAGAGACAAUAAAAAAAAGAGAUCAUAGAUUAUCUAACUCCUGAGACAAAUACGAAUCCAAAAUUGUUUGAGGAUUUUUCGAUUUAGGCUCUGAGUGCUCGAUUAAAGACUGAAUCAAGGACUCAUUAGAGUAAAAUAACUAAAACUACUAAUGAUACAAAACGAACUUUUACUAGGUAGAGUUUAGAUUUUUUUGAUUAUGCUGAGAAGAAAGAAAUGCUCACAACUAGAAUCUCGAUUUUAAACAAGAAGAGAACAUCAUGA